CUCUGGCGCGCGCUCGCCGCCCGCGUCUCCUCGCGCUGUACCGCGUCUCGCGCCCGGUCCCUUCACAGUCCGGCGGCGGCUCCGUUCCGCCGCGGCCGGUUCCCGUUUCCGUCUCCUCACCGCGGGGUGCCCCCCGCGAUCCUUCCUACACCCCCCCCACCCCCGCCGCACCCCGCAGCUCGCCACGGCCUCUCCCCGCACCCUCGGCGAAGGCAGCGCGGGCCCCGCCAGCGGCACUCGGAGAAUUACCUAGGUUUCAAAAUGAAAGUGAGGAAGAAGAGUCCCCCAGAGCAUUAAUUUGAACAAUAACUAUUGCUGAAUAUAAGUGAAGAAUGAUGUGAUAUUAAUGCUUUCUAUGUGCAGACCCAUAAGGAUCAUCUCUAAGGAGUUGCAGUAAGGCAAAGACUGAGAGUAAUUUUUCUCUGGUACAAUGUGGUGAAGCAAGGAACUGGAAUUGUCCACUUUUGUACAGUAUAAGGACUUAAAAUGUUCGUCAUUUUGUGAGCAGAAGCAGUUCUGGAGUGAAUUGAACUUCUGAAAAUGCGGCCAUGGACUGGUUCCUGGCGUUGGAUCAUGCUCAUCCUCUUUGCUUGGGGAACUUUACUCUUUUAUAUUGGUGGACACCUGGUACGAGACAGUGAGCACCCAGAUCACUCUAGUCGUGAAUUAUCCAAGAUACUUGCUAAACUUGAACGGUUAAAGCAGCAAAAUGAAGACUUAAGGCGGAUGGCAGAAUCUCUCAGGAUACCAGAUGGCCCUAUUGAUCAGGGACCAGCUGCAGGAAAGGUACAUGCUUUAGAGGAGCAACUUUUAAAGGCCAAAGAACAGAUAGAAAACUAUAAGAAGCGGACAGGAGAUGUAGGAGGCCUUGGAAAAGACCAUGAAAUAUUGAGGAGGAGGAUUGAAAAUGGGGCUAAGGAACUUUGGUUUUUCCUCCAGAGUGAAUUGAAGAAGCUGAAAAAUCUAGAAGGAAAUGAACUGCAAGGACGCAUUGAUGAAUUUCUGUCUGAUUUGGGUCAUCAGGAAAGAUCGAUAAUGACCGACUUGUACUACCUCAGUCAAACAGAUGGAGCAGGAGAUUGGCGAGAAAAAGAGGCCAAAGAUCUAACAGAUUUGGUACAGAGGAGAAUAACUUAUCUACAGAACCCGAAGGAUUGCAGCAAAGCUAAGAAACUUGUGUGUAAUAUCAACAAAGGCUGUGGCUAUGGUUGUCAACUUCAUCAUGUAGUCUACUGCUUCAUGAUUGCUUAUGGCACUCAGAGAACACUCAUUUUGGAGUCUCAGAACUGGCGCUAUGCUACCGGUGGCUGGGAGACUGUAUUUAGGCCUGUAAGUGAGACAUGUACUGACAGAUCAGGUGCCACCACUGGCCACUGGUCAGGUGAGGCUAAUGAUAAGGAUGUUCAGGUGGUGGAACUUCCCAUUGUUGACAGCUUACACCCACGGCCACCUUAUUUACCGUUGGCUGUCCCUGAAGACCUGGCUGAUAGGCUAAUUCGUGUACAUGGGGAUCCUGCUGUGUGGUGGGUCUCGCAGUUUGUGAAAUACUUGAUACGUCCACAGCCUUGGUUAGAAAAAGAAAUAGAGGAAGCCACAAGGAAACUUGGUUUCAAACAUCCAGUGAUCGGUGUUCAUGUUCGAAGGACAGACAAAGUAGGAACAGAAGCAGCAUUUCAUCCCAUUGAAGAAUAUAUGGUACACGUUGAGGAACGGUUUGAACUUCUUGCUCGCAGAAUGCAUGUUGAUAAAAAAAGAGUGUAUUUGGCUACUGAUGACCCUUCACUGUUGCAAGAGGCAAAAUCCAAGUAUCCAAAUUAUGAAUUUAUCAGUGAUAACUCCAUAUCCUGGUCAGCAGGACUUCAUAACCGUUAUACUGAAAAUUCCCUAAGAGGUGUUAUUCUGGAUAUUCACUUCUUGUCGCAGGCAGACUUCCUGGUCUGUACGUUUUCAUCCCAGGUUUGUCGAGUUGCCUAUGAAAUUAUGCAGACAUUGCAUCCAGAUGCUUCAGCGUAUUUCCAUUCUUUGGAUGAUAUCUACUACUUUGGGGGACAGAAUGCCCACAACCAGAUUGCUAUUUAUGCUCACCAUCCUAGAACUGCAGAUGAAAUUCCUAUGGAACCUGGAGAUGUAAUUGGAGUAGCUGGAAACCACUGGGAUGGUUAUUCAAAAGGCAUCAAUCGGAAAUUAGGAAGAACAGGCCUCUACCCAUCAUAUAAAGUUAAGGAGAAAAUUGAGACAGUCAAGUAUCCUACAUACCCAGAAGCUGACAAGUAGAUUGAAAGGAAGAUCAUCAGCAGAAAUUCUCAAUUUUGAUUGGUUUGAACCAGUCAACACACUAACUAAUGGUUUCUAUGGGAUUUGAAUUUGCAUUUUAACAUGCAGUUAAAAUCAAAGCCUUUAGCAAUGAAACUGGAUAAGAAGCUGAGAACAAAUGGAUGGGCUGAUAUCUGAACUUAAACAGGUUUUGUUAUAUGCACUCUCACACAUGCACACAUAAACCCACACACAACAGGGAAACUGUUGUUUUAUACUUUUUGUCUCUUUUCAAGAUUCGUCCCAGUCAUUAGUCUUACGUGAGCUUUGGGCUCUUUUUCUCUGCCAUUAAUUGACAAUAAUGUUCAGACUUACAACACUGCCACAUUGUGUAAUUUGAGUGACAUGAACGUAUUUUGUAUGUACAAAAUUUAAAACAUGGUGCCUAUAUUUGAAAAAAUUGUGACCUUUUUAGAAGAGCCAUGGCUAUUUCACAAUGGGUAAGAGUCAAUCUUCAACUGGUGUUACCAUGACCACUGAACUUGCUUCAAACAACAGAUUCCGAUUUCAGACUAGAUUUCUUUUACAAGUUUCUUUUUAGCAUUCCAUUGAUUACUUCUCAUCAUUAAUAAAAUAAAGAAUACAUCCAACAAUAAAAUAAUCACUGUCUGUUAGGAACUUUGUAAAACGAUGUCAUGAACAGAUUCUUUAGUACUGGUAAUAUUUCUGGACAUUGGGUUUUAUUGGGGAGG